AUGCCUCACUUCGCAAACCCUCUCUUAAGAAACAUCAUUAUCAGAAAUCUAUUUGAUAGCAUCAAGAGGAAGCAAUGUCUCCAAUACCUGAAGACCUUGAGAACACUGCAAUAUGAUGGAUUCACAACCAUAUAUUUUGGGGAAACUGAUAUCCCUGAGAGUCUUGUCACUGGGGAAGAUUUCAGUGAUGGUUCUUUCCUGCCGACUCCAACGUGGUGUAUUGUUCAUGCUGGUGGGAGUAAAGGAUGGGUGCCUUGGACAUAUCGAAUGUUCCUGAGGGAUGAGUUAUGCACCAAACAAGAAGACAGCCUCUUCUUUGAGUUCUGUGAGGUGGCCCAGAAGACCUAUGGGAAGUGUGCCAUUGUGAUCAAAGAGAGAAGGCAGCAGGAUGAGAUGAAGCCAAAAGAAGACAAAGAGUCUGAAGCCCAGGUCUCAUCCGUCAUUAACUUAACGAGCAUCGUAUGUUGCCCCGAGGUAGCCAAGUACUAUGGCCAUAAACUACUCUCUCUGCCAUCCCCUUACAAUUACCUGAACCCUUUAGACUCAGCCUGGUCUUCUCUGAAAUGGUUUAUCAUCAAUAACAGGAAGGAGUUUUGUUUGCAGUCCAUCGACAGUGUCUAUUCUUACCAGUAUAUACUCUUCAGUGAUUUAAUUAGCAAAGGGAUUGAAAGGAUAAACCCAAGCAAAUGGAGAACACUAACUAACAAAGUCCGAAGAUGGGAAAACUACUAUCUUGGUAAAUUUUCUUAA